GCGGCGGGGCUAGUGCGCUGGCUGGCGGGGCAGGGACGCGCUCUGCCGCGGGACAGCCCAGGGCCGAGAGAGCAUGCGGGGGGACCGGGCGGACGGGCGGCCCGCGCUGCCGCCGCCGCCGCCGAUGCUGCUGCUGCUGCUGCUGCUGCUGUCCCGGGCCGCGGCGCUGCACCCGGGCGAGCUAUUCCCCUACGGGCAGUCGCGAGGGGACCAGCUCCUGCAGGAAGGCGACGACGAAAGCUCGGCUGCCGUGAAGCUGGCGCUUCCCCUGCGCUUCUAUGAAGCCCAAUUCAGCGAACUCUACGUGGUCACCAACGGCAUCAUCUCCACCCAGGACUUCCCCAGGGAGACCCAGUAUGUGGACGAUGAUUUCCCCACAGACUUCCCGGCCAUCGCCCCUUUCCUGGCCGACAUCGACACGAGUCACGGCAGGGGCCGGGUCCUUUACCGCGAGGACACCUCCCCGGCGGUGCUGGGCCUGGCCGCCCGCUACGUGCGCGCAGGCUUCCCGCGCUCCGGCGCGCACUUCGCCCCCACCCACGCCUUCCUGGCUACCUGGGAGCAGGUGGGCGCCUACGAGGAGGCCACGCGCUGGGCCCCGCCCUCGGGAGAGCUGAAUACUUUCCAAGCAGUUUUGACAUCUGAUAAGUCUGACACCUACGCCCUCUUUCUUUAUCCUGCCAAUGGCCUUCAGUUCUUUGGAACCCGCCCCAAAGAAUCUUACAAUGUCCAGCUCGAGCUUCCAGCCCGGGUGGGCUUCUGCAGAGGGGAGGUCGGUGACCUGAAGAGAGAGGGACCAUAUUUCAGCUUGACUAGCACUGAACAGUCUGUGAAAAAUCUCUACCAACACAGCAACCUGGGGAUUCCUGGAGUGUGGGCUUUUCAUAUCGGCAGCACCUCCCCAUUGGAUAAUGUCAGGCCAGCGACAGUUGGAGGAGACCUUUCCAAAGCCCACCCUCCGGCUCCCCUGGGACAUUCCUUCAGCCGCGCUGCGGCCCUGGAGGGUGACUACACUGAGGACAACUUGGAUUAUUAUGGUGAGAAUGAGGAGGACGUCGAAUACCCCUCCCCUGCUGAGCCAGAGGAAGCAUCGAAUGGCCACAGCACAGUCGAUGUUUCCUUCCACUCGAAAGCUGAUUCGAGGCCGUUAGGAGGUGGGAUCUCUCCGCCAGAUUCUGACCUGGCCUCCCCUUUGCCACGUCCAACAUCUAGGGAUGGGCCUGAAACAGACUCUGCCACCUUGAACCCUCAAACCAAAGAGGGGAGAACUCAGGGGGAGAUAGAUGCCCCGGAUUUAAAAGGCCGAGUUGAGUCUUCUGAACAGCCAGGGACCACAGUCCCUGCUCCACCAGAGACUGGAGAUUCACUGGAUCCUUCCCAGCAAGCCCCGCCUCCCUACCCAGAUGGACGGGCACAGCCUGCAGACAGGGAUGUUCCUCCAGCCCAUCCAGGAGGAGAGGCCGUUCUUCCAAAUUACCCCGGGCCGGAUCACACUCCACCCCUGGGUCGCAGGAGGCAAGUGGUCGGAGUGGAGGACGACAUCAGUUCCAACACCGAGGUCUUCACGUACAACACUGCCAACAAGGAGACCUGCGAACACAACCACGAGCGCUGUUCCCGGCACGCUUUCUGCACUGACUAUGCCACGGGCUUCUGCUGCCACUGCCAGUCCAGGUUUUACGGGAAUGGGAAGCACUGUCUGCCCAAAGGGACACCUCAUCGAGUCAAUGGGAAGGUGAGUGGGCACCUCCGCGUGGGCCACACGCCCGUGCACUUCACCGACGCGGACCUGCACGCUUAUGUGGUGGGCGACGACGGCAGAGCCUACCUGGCCAUCGGCCACAUCCCGCAGCCUGCCGCCCAGGCCCUUCUCCCGCUCACGCCGAUCGGAGGCCUGUUUGGCUGGCUCUUUGCUUUAGAAAAACCAGGCUGGGAGAACGGCUUCAGCCUCACAGGUGCUACCUUUAUCCAUGACAUGGAAGUUACUUUCUACCCAGGAGAGGAAAGGGUUCGAAUCACUCAAACUGCUGAGGGGCUGGACCCAGAGAACUAUCUGAGCAUUCAAACCAACAUUCAGGGCCAGGUGCCUUACAUCCCAGCAAACUUCACAGCCCACAUUGCUCCCUACAAGGAGCUCUACCACUACUCGGACUCAGCUGUGACCUCCACAAGUUCCAGAGCCUACUCUCUCACAUUGGGUGCCAUCAACCAAACACGGUCCUACCGCCUCCACCAGAACAUCACUUACCAGGCAUGUAGGCAUGGCCCCAGACACCGGGUCAUCCCUACCACCCAGCAGCUGAAUGUGGACCGGGUCUUUGCCUUGUACACGGAUGAAGAAAAAGUGCUCAGAUUCGCUGUGACCAAUCAGAUUGGCCCUGUUGAAGGGGACUCAGAUCCCACCCCAGUGAAUCCUUGCUAUGAUGGGAGUCACACAUGCGCCACCACGGCUCGGUGCCAUCCGGCGACAGGUGUAGACUACACCUGCGAGUGUGCAUCUGGGUACCAGGGAGAUGGACGGAGUUGCGUGGAUGUAAAUGAAUGUGCAACUGGCUUCCAUCGCUGUGGCCCCAACUCUGUGUGUGUCAACUUGCUGGGAAGCUACAGGUGUGAGUGCCGGAGUGGUUAUGAGUUUGCAGGCGACCGGCACACCUGCGUCUUGAUCGCCCCACUUCCCAACCCCUGUGAGGAUGGCCGUCACAACUGUGCUCCCGCCAGCCAGGCCCAGUGCAUUCACCACGGAGGCAGCUCGUUCAGCUGUGCCUGCCUGCCUGGUUAUGCCGGUGACGGGCACCAGUGCACCGUGGAUGGGUUGCAAUGCCUUUUACUCCUCCUUUGUAUCUCCUCUGCUCUGGUCCCGGAAGACCCCACCUCUGGACUGAGACCCUGUGAGCGCCAGCAGCGCGAUGCCCAGGCCCAGCGCACUCAUCCUGUUGCCCAGCUCCACAUCCCGCAGUGCGAUGAGCAGGGCCACUUCCUGCCACUUCAGUGUCACGGCAGCACUGGCUUCUGCUGGUGCGUGGACCCCGAUGGUCAGGAAGUCCCUGGAACCCGGACCCCACCUGGCUCCGUCCCGCCUCACUGCGGACCACGAGAGCCCACCCAGAGGCCCCGGACCGUCUGUGAGCGCUGGAGGGAAAGCCUGCUGGAGCACUACGGUGGCACACCAAGGGACGACCAGUACGUGCCCCAGUGCGAUGACCUGGGCUACUUCAUGCCCCUGCAGUGCCACGGGAAGAGUGACUUCUGCUGGUGUGUGGACCAGGACGGCAGAGAGGUGCCGGGCACCCGCUCCCAGCCAGGCAUCACCCCUGCAUGUAUACCCACGCUUGCUCCGCCCACAGCCCGGCCCACGCCCCGGCCCGACGUGACCCCUCCACCUGUGGGCACCUUCCUGCUCUAUGCCCAGGGUCAGCAGAUCGGCCACUUGCCCCUCAAUGGUACCAGGCUUCAGAAGGACACAGCCAAGACCCUGCUGUCGCUGCAUGGCUCCAUAGUCGUGGGAAUUGAUUACGACUGCCGGGAGAGGAUGGUGUACUGGACAGACGUUGCUGGACGGACAAUUAGCCGCGCCCGUCUGGAAUCGGGAGCAGAGCCCGAGACCAUCAUUAACUCAGGUCUGAUAAGCCCCGAAGGACUUGCCAUCGACCACUUUCGUAGAACGAUGUACUGGACAGACAGCGGCCUGGAUAAGAUAGAGAGGGCCAGGCUGGACGGCUCUGAGCGCAGGGCCCUCUUCCACACGGACCUGGUGAACCCCCGCGCCAUCGCUGUGGAUCCAAUCCGAGGCAACCUGUACUGGACAGAUUGGAAUCGAGAAGCUCCUAAAAUUGAAUCGUCAUCUUUAGAUGGAGAAAAUAGAAGAAUUCUAGUGAAUAAAGACAUUGGACUACCCAAUGGUUUAACCUUUGACCCCUUCUCCAAAUUGCUCUGCUGGGCAGAUGCAGGAACUAAAAAACUAGAGUGUACACUACCUGAUGGAACUGGACGGCGUGUUAUUCAAAACAACCUCAACUACCCCUUCAGCAUUGUGAGCUAUGCAGAUCACUUCUACCACACCGACUGGAGAAGGGAUGGUGUUAUAUCAGUAAAUAGAGACAGUGGCCAGUUUACCGAUGAGUAUCUCCCAGAGCAGCGAUCUCAUCUCUACGGGAUAACUGCAGUCUACCCCUACUGCCCAACAGGUAAACGGACAUGCUCAGGUGGCUCCUUUGGAUCAGCCAGGUAGAGAAAGAGAGAUCUGGUAACUGACCACACUUGGCCUGCUGCUGCCACUGGUGAGUGCCACUCUGACCUAGAAAAGCUAAUGGCCAACGCAUAGGGGUGACCAUUCUACUACCUUAAGUCUACCUUACUUAACUGUACACACAAAAAAAGGUCUAUUAGGAUAUUUCCUCUUUAAAAGACUUGCUGCGGCAAACUGGAUAUAAAAUACUCACAUGCUGUC